GCCUCUUCAUGUGCUUGUGUGCAAUGCGGCGGCUUUUGCUCUACCCUGGAGCCUCACGAAAGAUGGCCUGGAGACCACCUUCCAGGUGAACCACCUGGGCCACUUCUACCUUGUCCAGCUCCUUCAGGAUGUUCUGUGCCGGUCGGCCCCUGCCCGUGUCAUCGUGGUCUCCUCUGAGUCCCAUAGAUUUAUAGAUAUCAAUGAUUCCUCGGGAAAACUUGACUUUAGUCGUCUUUCCCCAUCAGAAAAUGACUACUGGGCUAUGCUGGCUUACAACAGGUCCAAGCUCUGUAACAUCCUCUUCUCCAACGAGCUACAUCGGCGCCUCUCCCCACGUGGGGUCACGUCGAAUGCAGUGCAUCCUGGAAAUAUGAUGUACUCCUCCCUUCACCGCAGCUGGUGGGUGUGCACACUGCUAUUCACCUUGGCGAGGCCGUUCACCAAGUCGAUGGUGAGUGAACGUCUUUCAGUGAGGCCAACAGUUCCAUUGUGCCUCUCAGGGUGGGUCCUGGAGAAAACCACGCAUGUCGCGUCUACUCCGUCCUCUCCCCUCUUGUAA